AUGGUAUCCCUACGCUUCGGGCGGGCUGGCCGCCCGCGCUGUCCACAUGGCAUCACGCUUGGCCCUCGGGCUGACAGCGCCUCUUACUCUGACAACUCGCUCGCAGCGGCCAAGGCGCUCCAGGGUUGCGUGAACGUGCCCAGCAUCAUCGCCAACACCUUCAGCAACGCGCAGCGGGUCGUGGCCACGGCGCACAAGACGGUCUCCUCUACGGGCCUGACCACGUCCAGCUAUCGCUACCAGCCGACGCCGAGCAAGCGGGGUUUCUCCGAGUUCGUCAACGACUACUACGACGACGAGGGCUGGUGGGCGCUCGCGCUGAUCCGGGCGUGGGACCUGACGCACCAGCACACGUACCUGGAUAUGGCCGAGCGCAUCUUUGCCGACAUGCACAACGGCACCGACGGGACCUGCGGCGGCGGCGUGUGGUGGAGCAAGGAGCGCGCGUACAAGAACGCCAUCGCGAAUGAGCUGUACCUCAGCGUGGCCGCCGGCCUGGCCAACCGCAUCGUGGGCAAGAAGGCGCAGUACACGCAGCUGGCCAAGGCCUCGUGGACGUGGUUCCGCAGUAGCGGCAUGAUCAACGAGCACAACCUCGUCAACGACGGCCUCAUGAUCCACGCCGACGGCAAAUGCGCCAACAACGGCCAGAAUACCUGGUCCUACAACCAAGGGGUUGUGCUGGGCGGGCUGGUCGAGCUGGCUAAGGCGACGGACGAUGCGUCGUACCUGAACCCGGCCGUCGCCAUCGCCAAAGCGGCCCUCGCGCUGCUCAGCGACGGCAACGGCAUCAUCCGGGAGGUGAACGAGUGCGAGCCCGACUGCGGCAGUGACGGCAGCCAGUUCAGGGGCAUCUUCGUGCGCAACCUGCGCUACCUGCACCUGGCGGUGCCACACGAGGCGUUCCGGACCGCGAUUGUCAAGAAUGCCGACUCGAUCUGGGCGCACAACCGCAACGGCAAGAACCAGCUUGGCAUCAAGUGGACGGGUCCGCCGGAACUGGGGGAGGGGCCGAAUGCGUCAACGCACAGCUCGGCUAUGGAUGUGAUUGUUGCUGCGUUGGCUGUCUCGUCGUAGCCAGCACUUGAGGGUGUGGGAGUCGGUGAGAUGGACGACGAAGUGUCGAGUGAGAUGUAAAUGCGGAGAGCGCCAGUGUUCCGCCUCGAUAUCUGAUACCAUUAAACAGUCAGCUUGAAUAGCGAAGCAUUGCCAAAGAUCCUAUCAACCUGUCAGAACCAAUUCAUGUGUUGGGCUCUG